CCGUGUAGACGCCGGUGGUGGUUGUGGUGGAAGUGUCUUUGUGACUGAACAUCAGAAUAGAGCAGGCGGAUGAUAUCCACCGGCUGAUCUGUGGAGGCAGAAUGGAGUUCUAUCCUCCAGAAAAAGAAGGGAUGAUGGAGGCUUGGCUUGACGACAACCUAGAGUUCGCACAUUCUUAUUUUGUACGAAAGGCUUCUCGGGAAAUGGUAAACGCAUGGUUUGCUGAACGUGUCCACUCCAUUCAGCCAUCUCGGGAAGCAUCAAAAGCUCUGCCUGAACCUUUAUCGGCCAUCCAUCCACUGGGUCCAACUGAUGCACCUUCUCCAAGUCCAGCUCCAUCCACCCCUACACGAAAGAUCUCUGCAUCUGAGUUUGAUAGGCCACUUCGCCCCAUUAUUGUGAAAGACGCUGAGGGUUCGCUUACUUUUCUUAGUGAUACAGAAAGGGUGCAAAUGCCACUUCCUCCUCCCCAGCGGCCUGGCUCAGGCAGUGGGACAGAUGAGGGUGGAGGCAUUAUGGACUCAGGAGUUCGUGAAAACGGGGACCGCUGUGCUCGUCUGUUGGAGCUUGUACGUGAUGUUUCAAGUCACUUGGACCUUACUGUCCUCUGCCACAGGAUCUUCUUACACACUCACGAGUUGAUAGCAGCAGAUCGCUAUUCGUUGUUCUUGGUUGGAGAGGACAGUUCAAACAGGAAGUUCCUGGUUAGCCGGCUAUUUGAUGUCGCAGAAGGAUCCACUCUUGAGGAGGCUUCCAACAGUGGUAUUCGCCUUGAAUGGAACAAAGGAAUUGUGGGGUAUGUGGCAGCCACUGGACAGCCUCUGAACAUCAAGAAUGCAUAUGAGGAUCCACGUUUUAAUGCAGAGGUGGACCAAAUUACAGGAUAUAAGACUCAGAGCAUCUUGUGUUUACCCAUCAAAAAUCACAGAGAUGAGGUUGUCGGAGUAGCACAAGCAAUCAAUAAAAGGUGUGGAGAGAACAGUGCCUUCACAGAACAGGAUGAGAGGGACUUUUCCUCGUACCUGGCUUUCUCUGGCAUAGUGCUACACAAUGCACAACUCUAUGAGACAUCACAGCUGGAGAACAGGCGAAACCAGGUGUUGUUGGAUCUGGCUAGUCUGAUCUUUGAAGAGCAGCAGUCUUUGGAGGUCUUACUGAGGAAAACCGUGGCUACCAUCUUGUCUUUCAUGCAGGCCCAAGAAUGCACUGUCUUCAUUUCUGACAGGGAAACAGCUGCAAUGUGGGCAGAUGCCAAAUCCUGCUGGAAAAUGAAAUCAGCAUUUUCAAAAAGCUGGUCAGCAGAAGGAAGCAUGAAAUGCUCUAAUAAGUUCUUGGUAAACGGGUGCAGUGCCUUUGGUUUUCAAAACACAAUGGACCAACACCAGCAGAUGACAUUGCACCCCAAAUCAUCACAGACUGUGGAAACUUAACACUGGACUUCAAGCAACUUGGGCUAUGAGCUUCUCCACCUUUCCGCCAGACUCCUUCAGCUUGUUUUCCAAGUGAAAUACAAAACUUGCUCUCAUCUGAAAAGAGGAGCUUUGACCACUGGGCAACAGUCCAGUUCUUCUUCUCCUUAGCCCAGGGUCCCAGAGUCUGGAGGAAGAGAGGAGAGGCACACAAUCCACGUUGCUUGAAGUCCACUUCAUGCUUCCUGCUGCUGACCAACUUUAUGGAGAUGCAGAUUUCAUUUUCCAACAGGACUUGGAACCUGCACACAGUGCCAAAGCUACCAGUACCUGGUUUAAGGACCAUGGUAUCCCUGUUCUUAAUUGGCCAGCAAACUUACCAGACCUUAACCCCAUAAAAAAUCUAUGGGGUAUUGUAAAGAGGAAGAUGCGAUAUGCCAGACCUUAGAAUACAGAAGAGCUGAAGGCCACUAUCAGAGCAACCUGGGCUCUCAUAACAC